AUGGCCCCCGCGCGCUGCCCCGCCCGAGCCCUGAUGCUCGCCUACGCGGGCCUGCUGACCGCCGCCGCGGGCCUCGGCUCCCCGGAGCCCGGCGCGCCCUCGGGGAGCCGCGCGCGCGAGGAGCCGCCGCCCGGCAACGAGCUGCCCGCGGAGCCGGCCGCCCGCCCGCCGGAGCCCACCCUGGAGCGAGCGCACGGCAUCGACCCCCGAGAUGCCUGGAUGCUCUUCGUCAGGCAGAGUGACAAGGGCGUGAACAGCAAGAGGGGGAGCAGAGGCAAAGCCAAGAGGCUGAAGCUCGGCCUGCCAGGGCCCCCGGGACCCCCUGGCCCCCAGGGCCCCCCCGGCCCCAUCACCCCACCUGAGGUCCUGCUGAAGGAGUUCCAGGUGCUGCUGAAAAGCGCGGUGCGCACGCGGGAGUGCGCGGAGACCGAGCCCCGCCCGCGCGGCCCCGCCGCGGAGCCGGCCGCGCCCCCGGAGGAGGAGGAGGAGGAGGAGGAGGAGGCGGCGGCGGGGCGCGUGCUGGCGCUGCUGGCUGCGCCCCUGGCCCCAGGGCCGUGGGCGCCGCGCGUCGAGGCCGCCUUCCACUGCCGCCUGCGCCGGGACGCGCCUGUGGGGCGGCGCGCGCUGCACGAGCUCGGCCCCUGCUACGUGCCCGACGCCCAGGGCGCCUUCCGCCGCGGCCCGGGCCUGAACCUGACCAGCGGCCAGUACACGGCGCCCGUGGCCGGCCUCUACGCGCUCGCCGCCACGCUGCACGUGGCGCUGAGCGCACAGCCGGCGCGGGGCCCGCCGCGCCCCCGGGACCGUCUGCGCCUGCUCAUCUGCAUCCAGUCCCGCUGCCAGCACCACGUCUCCCUGGAGGCUGUUACAGGGCUGGAGAGCAGCGGUGAACUGUUCACCAUCUCGGUCAGUGGCGUGCUGUAUCUGCAGGCAGGGCAGUACACCUCCGUCUUCCUGGACAACGCCAGCGGCUCCUCCCUCACGGUGCGCAGCGGCUCCCACUUCAGCGCCGUCCUCCUUGGCGUGUGA